UUAAGUUUCGUUUUCCAUUCCUCAGGAAUCAGUUUUAUUUCCCUGUCGGUCCUAAACUCGGUUCUGCAGAACUGGAUCUGUUCAGCAUGACGGACGCGGCGAUCGUUAAGAAGAUCUGCGCUCAUAAUGGAUCUAUAGAUUACGACGCGUUAACGUCAAUAUUCGGUCUGUACGAUGAAGCCAUGGAUUCGGUCGUCGGUAGAAGUGAAUCGUUUACGGUGGCGUUCGUGAACGGACAGAAGAAAGUGAUCGCCAGAACCAAAGUUCGCUUGUGUCGAGCCCAAAACUGUUCUGGGUGCUCGAAUCUGCAUCUGUGCAAGUGGUUUCUGUUCGGUUCCUGCCGCUUCGACCGAGGAAGACGAGGAUGUCGCUUCAGUCACGAUCUGCUCUCAGGUCAGAAUGCAUUAGUUCUGACCGCUCAUGGUCUGGACACACUGGAUGUAAAGGAGCUGUGCAUUCUUCUUAUGCAGAGCGAUUACUCAUUCCUGCCAGCGGUGUGUCAUUCGUAUAAUAACGGCACGGGAGAAUACGGCCGCUGUCCGGACGCCGAGAACUGCAGGAGGCUCCACAUCUGCGAGAAAUAUCUGCGAGGCUCCUGCGACUGCACUCGCGCUCAUGACUUCUACGAGCCGCAUCCGCUGAAGACGCUGCAGGACAGAGGCAUCCCCGCCGAACUCAUGGUCAUCAUGAAGGAUCUGUACUCCAACAUUGAAGCCCUGAGGCAUCUUUCCAAGGCACCUUCAGCUCCAAACGCUGCGGGACCGAACCCCAGAAGAGGUCCGAAUGCACAGAACCGGAGACCGUCGAGCGGUUUUAACGCAGGCAGAGGACAAGAGGCUCAGAGGUUUCCACAAAACAACAUGGAGAAAACGGAGAUCUGCUUGUAUUUCAUCAAAGGACACUGCAAGCAUGGUGUCUCAUGUAGGAGGGAGCAUUCCAAUCUGCCCUAUAAAUGGGAAGUUAAGGAAGGAUCCGAAUGGAAGGCAAUUCCUGACAACGAGGCCAUCGAGAAAGAUUACUGCAAUCCUGCAAGAACAUACAGCUCUGGAAUGAACCCGGUUUAUUUCGAUACGAUGAUCCAAGGCUCUCUCAGUGUGCGGCGUCUGUCGACGGUUUCGUCAGUGCUCCAGCCCACCUUCAUCCUGACCACCGAGUGGAUCUGGCACUGGGAGGAUGAGUUUGGGAACUGGAUCCAGUAUGCUACAGCGGACGGGGGUCAUAGAUUGUCCUCCAUCUCCACCGCUGAACUCGAGCAGAAGUAUCAGGCCGAUAACAAUGCUGUGGUGGAGUUCACAGCCGGAUCGCAGACGUACGAGCUCAGCUUCAUGGAUAUGAUCCAGACAAACAAAAGCUACACAACCAAAAAAGUCGUCAGGCGUCGUCCCAAAUUUGUGUCAACGGCUGAUGUUCGAACAAUCAAGACAACUAAAAGGACGCCCAAUAAUUUCAAGGCUCUGCCGGAGCACUGGGAUAAAGCUCUGACUCCUGAAACCGGAUACAAGAGUGUGACGCUGCAGACCACUUCAGCUGAAUACAUCAAAGUCAAAGAACUGUUCAAUCGCACCAUGGUCGGCUUCAAAAUCCUGAAGAUUGAGAGGGUCCAGAACAAAGCAUUAUGGGAAGUUUAUCAGUGGCAAAAGGACUUCAUGAAAAAGCAUAACGGAGGCAGAGACGUGACCGAGAAGCAGCUCUUUCACGGCACUGACAGCACGCAUUUAGAUGCCAUCUGCCACAACAACUUCGACUGGAGGAUCUGUGGAACUCACGGCACGGCCUACGGGAAAGGUAGUUAUUUUGCCAGGGAUGCCAAAUACUCUCACAGCUACACCAAAGACUCAGGCACUCGCUCCAUGUUCGUGUGUCGCAUUCUGGUUGGCAGCUACACCAAAGGUGAAUCCAGCUACCUCCGGCCUCCAUCCAAAGACGGAGGAGACACCGUCUUCUACGACAGCUGUGUGAACGACGUCUUCGAUCCGUCCAUAUUUGUCGUGUUUGAAAAGCACCAGAUCUACCCCGAGUAUCUGAUCGAGUACAGAGACUCCAGCGGGUUUGAUUCAACAAUCCGUCCUGCGGUGGCAAGACCAACAGUGCCAGUGAGGAGACAUGUUCCUGUAUACAGCAACACAAACGCCUCCCUCUAUAAUCCCUCCACAACCUCAUUUUCUUCACACCCUUCCUCCUCAAACACCUCCUUCUAUAAGCCCUCCUCAAGUGCCUCCUCCUCCUCCUCCUCCUUGUAUGCUUCUCCCUCACGAUCCUCUUCCUCAUAUUCCUCAACUUCUCCAAAGUCUUCAAAGUCGGAGAAUCAGUGCACCAUUUCCUAACCGUAUGAUCAGGCAUCAUGUGAUCACAUUAGAGGAAGCCAGUAAAAAGUUAAUACUGAUAAUCAAAAGUAAAAAAAAAUAAACAUUACACAAUAAUCAAAAAUGGCAUAUGUGUCUUAUACUCUCAGGUGAAACAGGAGUAGCGACAAAUCUUUUCUUCUUUAUUCUGACAUGCAUCCAAAUGUAAGAUUAUUGAAAAAAUGUUGGGCGGGGCUUGGUUCUGUGUAUUAGUUGUUGAUUGGAUGUUGAGAUGUGGGCGUGGCUUUAAACGUGUAUGCAGAUGAGCGUGAGCUUGCAGGGGCGGGGCUUAAGAGGAGGAAAUGACUGAAGAAGAUUUGAUGAAAUAGUCUAAAUGUAAAAAGAAACAUAUACACGUAUGAAUUGUUAGAGCUAUGCAUUUGGAAAACAGACGGUGAAUUUUAAUUUCAUGCCAGCUUUAAUGGCAAUGUGUAAUUUGGCUUGAUCUUUACUUGGAUCUUUGUAAUAAUCUCAAUAUUUGAGAUACUUGUCACAAUAAAGCUUUCCAAUACACAA